AUGAAGGCCAAGAACACAGGAAUGUACAAGGUUAGAACCAAGAUACAUCUAGGAUUUCUUAGUAUAGAUUGUUGUGCUGAGUCAAAUUUCACCGAUCACAGAACAAAUAUAAGUUGGAUAGAAGAUUACUCUUGGUUUCCAGAUCGAUCCACUUGCCAAAAAAUAAUUACUUCCGAGAAAACUCAAAGACUCUGUGAUAAUUCUCGAGUUUUUACUUCAAGAUACGGAAAUAUAUGGUGUUAUAGUCUCCCAACAGUAAAGAAUCAGGUCUAUAUUAUAAGGGGUACCUUUCUUCCUUGGAAUCGGCAAGUGGCAGAAAGAGGCUCUUCCUUUGAUAUUCUCAUAGGAGUUACAUCCAUAGCUAAGGUGGUGAAUACUACAAAGGAGACAGAGGCAGAAGGAAUAUUCAGAGCUACCAGUGACAACACUAACUUCUGCUUAGUGAAGGAGCAAGGAUAUCCUUACAUCUCAAAGCUUGAACUGCGGCCUUUGGAUAUAACACUUUAUCUGACUCCAGAAUCAUCCAGAGUUCUUAAAUUGAUACACAGAGUCAAUGUGGGUAGUAGCACCACUGAGAUCAGGUACCCGGACGAUCCAUAUGAUCGAAUAUGGAGGGCAAUGUCCAACACAAACCAGGCUGAGAAAUGGGUAUCAUCUGUCAUAAUCAAUAUGGACAAUGACAUAAGAACAGCACCUCCUAUACAAGUGUUACAGACGGCUCAAGUUCAUGAGGAAAAUUUGGUGAUACUGCAUAAUGAUCUUGAAACUAAAAAUCGUAGUUAUGAUCUGUACUUAUACUUUCUUGAGCACAAUAAAUCAAUUCAAAAAGGGCAAAGGGUGUUCGAUGUAUACAUAAACAAUGAGAAAAGGCAGGAAAUCGAUAUAAAAGCUGGGGGAUCCAAUUAUAAAGCAGUUGUAUUGCCUUUUACAGCAGAUGGUUUUUUCAAUUUGACGUUAACCAAGGCUUCCAGUGAUUCUCCCUUUGGACCCAUUCUGAAUGCUUAUGAGAUCUUGCAAGUUCGACCAUUGUCUGAAGAGACUUUGAAAGAAGAUGUGGAAGCCAUAUUGAAGGUGAAAAAAGAGUUACUCAAGAACAACAAUGGGAAUAAUAUUCUUAAUACUUGGAAUGGAGACCCAUGUCUUCCAGUGCCAUGGAAGGGCCUUUCUUGUAAUCAAUCUGGUAAUGAUUCAACAAUCACCAAGCUGAACCUUUCAUUCAGUAAACUACAAGGACCACUUCCUCUUGCAAUUGCUCAACUGAUUAAUCUGAAGGAGUUGAACUUGAGCAACAAUGAUUUCACUGGUGUCAUUCAACCAUUUCUAUAUUCCUCAAUUACAUCAGUUGAUGUCAGCAACAAUAAUAUCAAUGGGGCAAUACCAGAAACUUUUAAAUCACUUCCAUAUGUGAAAACAAUAAAUCGGUUAUCUAAAGGUCAAGAACUAUCCAAAUCAGAAGAAACUGGAACAAACGAGGUUGUGACAGAGAAAACAUCUACUCCCCAAUUCACCAAAGUAUUAGUCAUAGGAACAGUUGCUGGGGGAUCUUUCACGCUCACUGCCCUUGUAAUUAUCUUUGCCUGCUGCUACAAAAGAAAACUUAAAGAUGCUCGAGCUUUUGAUGAAAAAGGAUGCCAAAUGACCAAGAGUGUGAUAUUUUCCAUACCCAGCAUGGAUGAUUUUGUUCUGGAGCCAAUACACAUACGUAAUUUCACUUUGGAGUACAUAGAAAUGGCCACUAAAAAUUACAGCAUUUUAGUAGGUGAAGGAGGUUUUGGAUCCGUUUUUCGUGGAGCUCUUCUUGAUGGUCAAGAAGUGGCAGUAAAAGUCCGGUCAGACACAUCAGCACAGGGAACUCGUGAAUUCAACAAUGAGCUAGAGCUUCUCUCAUCUAUACAACAUGAAAAUUUGGUGCCCCUCCUUGGAUAUUGCUGUGAAAAAGACCAGCAAAUACUUGUUUAUCCCUUCAUGUCCAAUGGCUCGCUACAAGAUCGUCUCUAUGGUGAAGCAGCAAAAAGAAGGACAUUGGAUUGGCCAACCAGGCUUUCGAUUGCCCUUGGCGCUGCUCAAGGUUUGACCUAUCUUCACACAUUUGCUCGACGUUCUCUCAUACAUAGGGACAUAAAAUCAAGUAACAUACUGCUGGAUCAAAGCAUGUCUGCCAAGGUGGCAGAUUUUGGCUUUUCAAAAUAUGCCCCUCAAGAAGGCGAUAGCGGUGCAUCCCUAGAAGUUAGGGGGACAGCGGGAUACUUGGAUCCUGAGUACUACUCAACCCAGCAUUUGACAGCAAAAAGUGAUGUCUUCAGUUAUGGAGUUGUACUGCUUGAAAUAAUUAGUGGAAGAGAACCUUUAAAUAUCCACCGUUCACGUAAUGAGUGGAGCUUGGUUGAAUGGGCUAAACAAAACAUAAGGAAUUCAAGAAUUGAAGAGAUUGUGGAUCCAAGUAUAAAGGGAGGUUACCAUUCCGAAGCAAUGUGGAGAGUGGUGGAGGUUGCAUUGGCAUGCAUUGAGCCCUAUUCUGCUUACCGACCAUGCAUGGCGGACGUCGUUCGCGAACUUGAAGACGCUUUGAUCAUAGAAAACAACGCAUCUGAAUACAUGAAGUCUAUAUCUAGCUUUGGAGGUUCAAAUCGGUUUUCUAUGGAAAGAACAAAUGCACUUCAGCAAAUUGCAGGUCCCUCUGAAAUAUCAUCUGUUGCUAUUCAACCUACACCACCACAGCCAAGGUAAGUGAUAGCGGAGUUGAAAGUCUCUAAGAAGGAUCAGUAGUAAC